UGUCAUAGACACAUAGAGUACAUUGCACUACAAAUAAUAAUGGAAGAGAAAGGUAAAAGGCGACCACGCUUUGAAAAAGAUGAACUUGAAAUACUUUGUCAUGAGGUAGGUCUGAGAAAAAUUACAUUAUUUGGUAAAUUUAGUGAUACUCUAUCUCUUGAGAAAAAGAAAAAGUCGUGGGGCGAAGUGACAAACAAGAUCAAUGCUGUCUCUCAGGUUACUCGUACGGUUGACGAAAUACGGCGAAAAUGGAAUGAUUGGUCAAGCACUGUCAAGGUCAAAGCAUCUAAAAAGAAAAAAAGCCAAACCAAAACUGGUGGCGGUGUUGACACUUUGCCUGAUUUAAGUCUGUUGGAAGAGAAGGUAUUAGUUAUUCUGGGAAAAGUUGUAGUUUCUGGUUUACCUGAAGGGAUGGACACGCUGGGCAGUCCAAGUUCA